AUGUCUACAGCCACACUAGCGGAAGAAGUCUCCGCAUUCACAUCCUCAAUAAUACCAUCCAUCCAAUGCAAGUCGUCGCUAGCAUCGAUUGAACCACUAAAAAUAGGUAAAAAUGACUCCAUGAAAGCACAAAUUAAAAAGAUGUUGACCAUACUUGGGGAUGAAAACACGGCUGUACUAAGUUAUGGUGUAGCUCGAGAUGUACAGAAGCUUGUAUCGAUAGUGGAAAUAGUUAAGCAAAAGAAGAAAGAGGGAGGAUCCAUGUUGCAUCAGUAUAAUUGUCUAUUAAGUGUAAGAACAAAGAUCAAUCCGUAUCAGAAACAACCGAAUAAACAUGGUGUUGAAGUUGUUGAUUUUAGUAAGGAUUUGGAAGAUACUAGUGAAAGGCCCCGCAAGGAAAUCGAGAAACAAGAGGAAGAAGAUGAAGACAGGACUACGAAUAAGAGAAGGAAGACACUGAGGGCAGCAGUCGAAGCGAAUGAGAAGAUUGCAUUGACACAAGAAGAGAAAGAAAUCCAACAUGAAGUACGUGGUGACAAGGUGUACGAAAUCCCUGUGAUAGAGGAAAAUUUAUUUUCACACAUCUGUAAAGAGAUACUGAAUUCCAUCAACACACACACACAUUAUUUUGCCACCACAACAAUGCCUAUCGAUCCAGCCACUUUUAAGUUCGAAACUCCACAAUUCGACCCAAGAUUCCCUACCCAAAACCAAUCUAAACACUGUGCUCAAUCCUACGUUGACUAUCACAAAUGCGUCAAUGUAAAAGGUGAAGACUUUGAACCUUGUCAAUUGUUCUUCAAGACUUUUACUAGUUUGUGCCCCUUGGACUGGGUUGAGAAGUGGGAUGAUCAAAGAGCUGCUGGUAAGUUUCCUGUCAAUUUGGAUGCUUAA